CCAAGACACACCCAUCAAAACUCACAUGCCGAAUAACAGAUCUUAGGAACAUUACACAAAGAACCUUUUACCAGAAAAAAGAGUAUCCCAUAAUUUAUAGCAUUAGCUAUAAAUUAUUGUUCAGUUUGGUCUCCUAAACCGAAGUUCCUAUCGCGUUCUUGGUACCACUUGGAACCAAAACAUUACCUCAUCCAAUGGCAUCUAUCAAUUGUCAAUUCUAGACACUCCCAUAAAAAAUUACAACCCCUCCUGGACAAGCUUACGGAGAGGAGUGACUGGCACAUAGACAUAAAGUAGUGAGUGUACAGCUAACUGGAGCCACCUAACUGGUUCCCCAUUAAUCACACCAUCCCUUCACAUGGUUACAGACACAUUCACAGAUAAGACUAACCCGAACUCUCUCUCUGGGCCCAAGUAACUUCCCCACAUAAGCAUGCUUAUGAAAAUGUAUUCAUCAAUGUUAGCUAAAUAAUUCUGAUUCUGCCCUCAUCCCUGAGCCACACUGGUCUGGUCAGUCGACUCAAAUAUUUGCACUACAUAUUUCUCUCCACAAGCUAUACUUUAAUAAAUUGUAAAUUAUAAUGAUGAUAAAUUAAUUUCUGAAUAUAUAUGUCCGGUUUCAGGACACUGAUGUGUAUCUGAACAUUUACAAAAAUAUACUGCCACUAUUUUCACCACCAAAGAAUUGCAGUGUUAUUUUAAUACAAUUUUACUCUUUGUCAGGAUGUCAGGCUGUCUAGUCACAGAGGAAGGCUGUGCUUCUAUGGUCUCAGCUCUGAGGUCAAACCCCUCACACCUGAGAGAGCUGGACCUGAGCUACAAUCACCCAGGAGACUCAGGAGUCAGACUGCUCUCUGCAGGACUGGAGGAUCCACACUGCAGACUGGAGAAACUCAAUGUGGGACAUGGUGGAGAGAACAAAAUGAAACCUGGGCUUAGAAAAUAUGUCUGUGAUCUCACACUGGACCCGAACACAGUAAACAGACUCCUCUCUCUUUCUGACGAGAACAGAAAGUUGACAUGUAGGAAGGAGAAGCAGCCGUAUCCUGAUCACCCAGAGAGAUUUGAGGACUGUAGACAGGUGCUGUGUAGAGAGGGUCUGACUGGGCGCUGUUACUGGGAGGUAGAGUGGAGUGGGAGAAUGGGGGCUGAAAUAGGAGUGACAUAUAAAAGAAUCAGCAGGAGAGGAAGGGUUGAUGACUGUUGUCUUGGAUGUAAUGACAAGUCCUGGAGUCUGAUCUGCUCUGACAACAGUUACAUUGCCUGUCACAAUAAUAUUGAUAAUACCACUACCAUAGACUUCCGCUCCUCCAGCUCCCACAGAGUAGGAGUGUAUCUGGACUGGUCAGCCGGCACUCUGUCCUUCUAUAGAGCCUCCUCUGACACACUGACCCACCUGUACACAUUCACCUCCUCAUUCACUGAGCCCCUCUAUCCAGGGUUUUAUGUUCAUGAAGACUCCUCAGUGUCCCUGUAAAUAAUAACCUGACACACACACACUGACACACACACACACCUACACAUACUCACUGGA